ACAGUUGAGGAAGGCGGGCUCUGUCGCAAAACGGGUAGGAUAAACUGAUGUAAGCGGUUGCAACUUUACACUAGCUCAGGUGUGGAUAGGGUCGUGUUUAUAGGUGAAGGUUUAAAGCUCUGACCAUUAAUUGGUUUCAUUAUUUUAAGUGAAAACGCUAAUAAUUAACACGACAUGCUGAGGACAGUGGUGUGUCGGGCCGGAAGUGGGCUUUUAAAGCACACAUGUCGGAGCAGACCGGUGUUUUGGGGGACUUCAGCUCAGCAGCGAUGGGCUUCCAGUCUCCCAAUGAACACCGUGAUUCUGUUUGUACCGCAGCAGGAAGCCUGGGUGGUGGAGAGGAUGGGCCGCUUCCACAGGAUCCUGGAUCCAGGACUGAACGUAUUAAUCCCGAUCCUGGACAAAAUCCGCUAUGUGCAGAGCCUUAAAGAGAUCGUGAUCGAUGUGCCGGAGCAGUCUGCCGUAUCUCUUGACAAUGUGACAUUACAGAUUGAUGGAGUUCUGUACCUGAGGAUACUCGACCCCUUUAAAGCCAGUUAUGGAGUCGAGGACCCGGAGUAUGCAGUGACUCAGCUGGCACAGACCACAAUGAGAUCAGAGUUAGGGAAACUCACUCUGGAUAAAGUGUUCAGGGAGAGAGAGUCACUGAACUCCAACAUCGUUCAUUCCAUCAACCAGGCGGCUGAUGACUGGGGGAUUCGCUGCCUGCGCUACGAGAUCAAGGACAUUCACGUCCCGCCUCGUGUCAAAGAGUCCAUGCAGAUGCAGGUGGAAGCGGAGCGGAAGAAAAGAGCGACGGUUCUGGAAUCGGAGGGAACGAGGGAGGCGGCGAUCAACGUGGCAGAAGGACGCAAACAAGCGCAGAUUCUGGCUUCUGAGGGAGAGAAAGCAGAGCAGAUCAACAAAGCUGCAGGAGAGGCGAAUGGUUUGUUGGCUAAAGCAGAGGCCAAAGCCAAGGCAAUUAGACUUCUCUCUGAUGCACUGACUCAGCAGAACGGUAACUCAGCGGCGUCCCUCAGCGUAGCCGAGCAGUACGUCUCUGCUUUCUCCAACUUGGCCAAACAUUCGAACACCGUCAUCCUGCCGUCCAACACUGGCGACAUCUCCAGCAUGGUCACACAGGCCAUGUCUAUUUAUGGGUCUUUAAUCAAGACACAAACCCCGAGCUCGUUGGAUGUGACCCCGGUGCUUGCAGACGAUGAAUUCAAGCUCAAAGCUGUUCCUGAAGCCACGACACCCGAGUCAACGUCCAGUUAAUAAGAGAAACACAUGAAGCCUGAAUGCAACUGACUCUUCUUUCUUUUUCCUUUCAUUUUUAUAUUGAAAGCCCAGGAAUAAAAAGAACUGCUAAAUUCAA